UUGUCUCCACAGCAGCGAAGAAAAAUGAUUGAACCAGAGCUCCUAACGGAGGUCCCUGCAUCAUUGAAGCGACUUGCCAAGCAAGUUGUAAGAGGUUUCUAUGGUGUGGAGCAUGCCUUGGCCCUGGAUGUGCUCAUCCGUAACCCGUGUGUACGUGAAGAAGACAUGCUGGAGCUGCUCAAGUUUGACCGCAAACAGCUGCGUUCUGUACUCAACACCCUAAAAGCAGAUAAGUUUGUGAAGUGUCGAAUGAGAGUGGAGACAGCUCCUGAUGGCAAAACAACACGGCACAACUACUAUUUCAUCAACUACAGGGUCCUGGUCAAUGUUGUCAAAUAUAAACUGGAUCACAUGAGGCGGCGCAUUGAAACGGAUGAACGAGACUCCACUAACCGGGCAUCCUUCCGGUGUCCCUGCUGCUUCUCCACCUUCACUGACCUGGAAGCUAACCAGCUUUUUGAUCCCAUGUCAGGAACAUUUCGCUGUACUUUCUGCCAGACAGAGGUAGAAGAGGAUGAAUCUGUUUGUCCUGAUGGCAGGACACUGGUAGCACGCUUUAAUGAGCAAAUCGAGCCCAUCUAUGCACUCUUACGUGAGACGGAAGAUAUUAACCUGUCCCAUGACCUGCUGGAGCCUGAACCUGCUGAGAUCCCUGCUCUGAAACAGAGCCGGGAACGCGCUGCAGCUGCUGGAGCAAAUGCCGGUGGUCAACAUCGCGAGGCCUGGUCUAACAAAGGAUCUUCCUACGCUGACCUCUACACCCAGAAUGUGGUGAUCAGUAUGGAGGAGCAGGAGGAGCAACAGAGGCAGGACAAUGAGGGCAAGGCGCCUAAGGAACGGCCAGUAUGGUUGACCCACAGCACUGUCCAGGGUGCUUACAGUGAGCCUGACGCUCUCAAAAACCGUGGAGACAUCAUACCCGGAGCCCAGGAUGGAACAGCUGGUCAGGAAAUGGGUAACGCAGAUGAAAAUGAAGAGGUGAUGCGUGCGCUUCUCAUCCAUGAGAAAAAGGGAGUCGCUGGUGCAGGUGUGGGGGGAACAAGUGCUGCUGCCAGGGGUCUUGUGUCUGCGACGGCUAACGCCAGCGACUCAGAGAGUGACACCAGUGAGUCGGACGACGACUCUCCCUCCGGGCCUCCAGCUGCCGCGGCCAUUAUGCAUCGUGGCAAGGAAGAGGACGAAGAAGAGGACGAGGAUGACUUCGAGGAGGUGGGGGAUGAGCCGAUGGUGAUGGUGGGAGGUCGGCCGUUCACAUACAGGGAGGUGAGCCAGAGGCCGGAGCUGGUGGCGCAGAUGUCUGUGCAGGAAAAAGAGGCCUACAUUGAAAUGGGGCAAAACCUCUUCCAAGACAUGUACUUCUGA